AUGGCCGAGGAAACCGGUUGGCAUCCCGUGAAGCCAGAAGGGCUAGCGCUUGGGACAUUCAUCACGACAGUCGUUCUCUCGGUUCUGUGUUCAAUCAUCGUCUUGAUGAGGAUGUACAUCCGAGCAAAGCACCAAUCUCUUGGUACGGACGACUAUCUUAUGUGCGCAGGCUGGGCCGCGUAUAUAGUCCACAAUGCCAUUGUCAGCACCGGAUGCCACCAAGGCAUAGGCACUCCCCGAAAUAAACUCGAAACUGCCCAAGUAAUCGAGGGUAUGAAGAUUUUCUACGCCGCCACUCUCGUUUUCGUGAAAAGUAGCAUCUGCGUCACUGUUUUACGAAUUGCGGCUGGAAGAGUUUAUAUCUGGACACUGCGAGGACUUAUCAUCCUUGCAGUGUUGAUGAGCUCUGUCGGGCUCAUCGUCAUCCUGGUUCAGUGCCGGCCAGUCGAAGCAUUCUGGGAUUCAUCGAAAGGAACUUGCAUGGACAAGAUUCUUCCCACGAUCUUAACAUACGCCGCUUCGGUAUCGAACGUCAUAACCGAUUUUGUUACCGCCACCAUACCUAUAAUUUUAGUACGAAGGCUCCAGAUGCGAGCCAAAUUAAAGCUAUAUGCUCAGCUGGUUAUGGGCUUGGGAAUAUUGUACGUGUCUCUCAGACCCGUUGAUAUUUAUACCCAGAACUAUACAUGGCUGACUCCAACGUACAGGGCAUCCAUCGCAAGCAUUGUUCGUGUACCAUACUCGAAUGCUUAUCUGAAACCCGAUGAUUUUAUCUACCAAGUGUCCAACAUUAUUCUCUGGACGGUAGUUGAGUGCGGAGUUGGCAUUCUGGCGGGCUCUUUGCCAUCACUUCGGGCCUUCUUCAAGAGCUUGGCCAAGGACAAAAGCACGAACCCAAGUGGUUCAUACGCUACCGACCUUGUGACUAUUGGGCAGAUAAGGGCUGGGCAAGAUCACUCCCAAGCCAUGGAGCUAGGAUUUGCGACAGUCAACCGCGACGCCGAUAUCCAACACGAACACGAUAACGACAGCACCAGCCACAUCAUCAAAAGUACGACAGAGUUUCAGACGGAACGCGCUGGAAGCGACGAGGAAGGGUUAUGCGACAGGAGAUACUCAAAAGACUCAAGAGAAAGGAGAUCAUAG